CCGGCUGCAGUGCAGACAGACUAGAAUCGUCAGAAUCGAGAAAACAACGAUAAGCUAAAUAAAUGCACAUUUAUGGAUUUAUCAAGUUGGAAGCGUUGAACGCUCUAUGGGCAUACUUUAAUGACACCGCGACGUUGCUAAAGUGCCAGAAGUGAGUGACAUUCACCAUAAAUAUGAACAAGCAGCCCAGUAAGGAGUCUCUGAAGGACAAGGUGAAGGGAAUAUUUGGCCUUGGCACCACGCGCAUCUCCACCAAGCCCACUGAGCCUAAGCCCUCGGAGUUUAUCAUCACCCUGGACAUUCUCAAGGAGCUGAGCCCUGAAUGUGGAAUAAACAACAGGAUCAAAGUGAUCAAUCAUGUUUGUGACUUGGCAAAAUCUAAAAAAUUUGAAGAGCAUGCAGUGGAGGCGGUGUGGAAGGCGGUGGAGGACAUGCUCCAGCCAGACUCUCCUCCAGAGGCUCGACAUGCCGUCUUACAGCUGCUCCGAGCCAUCAUCCAUGGACAGGGUGAGCGGCUUGGCCCAUUGAGAGCGUACUUCUUUAAACUGGUCUGGCUUUAUCAACCCUCAAAUGAAGACCUGGCUGUGCGUCUGGAGGUUUUCAAAGCACUCACAGAAAAUGGGAAAGACAUCACGUAUCUGGAGGAAGACAUAGCGCGCUUUGUGCUCCUGUGGAUGGAGAUGGGACUCACCGCCGACUUCCUGCACGUCUUGGUGAACCUGGUGAAGUUCAACAGCUGCUACCUGGACCAGAAUGUCUCCGUCAUGGUCCAGAAAAUCUGCCUCCUGUGCAAUCGCACUACAUCCUCCACUGACAUUGAGGUGGCUCUGCAGGUGCUGGACGCAGUGGUGUGUUACAACUGCCUGCCGUCCGACUCCCUGACCAUCUUCAUUAUUACACUCUGCCGGACAGUCAAUGUGAAGGAGUUCUGUGAGUCCUGCUGGAAGCUGAUGCGGAAGGUGCUGGGCACUCACUUGGGUCACAGUGCCAUCUACACCAUGUGCCACAUUAUGGAGGAGAAGGCCUACACGGAGGAUGCUGCCCUGCUGCGUGGUGCUGUGUUCUUUGUGGGCAUGGCUCUGUGGGGGGCACAUCGCCUCCCUGCGCUCAAGAACACCCCCACUCUGGUGCUGCCCUCUUUCUUCAAGGCCAUGACCUGUGCCAAUGAAUUAGUGUCAUACGAAAUUGUGCUGUCAAUCACGCGACUGAUAAAGAAAUAUGGCAAGGAGUUGCAAGUGGUCACCUGGGAUAUACUGCUGGGCAUCAUUGAGCGACUUCUACAGCAAAUCCAAACGAUCGGCAGUCCGGAGCUGAAGGCCAUCGUGUACGAGCUGCUCAGCACUGUGGAGGAGCUGUAUGAGCAGAACGGUUACCAUGGCUCCUGUGACAAGUUCUUCAGUCUAGUGGAGAAGUGCGCUGAUAAACGCCCUCAUGCAUCAGUGCUGAUUCUCAUCUCGUAUCGGGCUCAAUCCAUCCAACCAGCCAAAGAUGGCUGGAUCCAGAGUCUGCAUCGGCUGAUGGAGAAGUUCUUCAGGAAUGAGACUCGGAGUAUAAUCCGGAUUAAAGUCCUUCACAUCCUCUCCUUUGUCCUCAGCACAAAUCGCCAGCUGUAUGAGGAGGAGCUGAUCGAGGUGGUGGUGAUCCCGCAGCUGGGUCAGAUAGCCGAGGACAAGGACCUGCCGGUCAGGAAGCAGGCCACGCAGCUGCUAGUGGACCUGGCCGAAGGCUGCAGCACGCAUCAUUUCAACAGCCUGCUGGACAUCAUUGAGAAAGUGGCUAGUCGGCCCCUGAUGGCUGGCUCCAUGGACGGGGAGAGAGACCUCACCGCUGAGUCCCCCAUGGAGGAUGUGAAGACGGCCAUACUGGGUCUGCUGGAAAUAUUACAGAGUAAGAUGUACAGCUUGCCGGUGAGCCACGCCAGUCGAGUGUACGAGUUGCUCAUCAGUCACCUGCAGCUGCACUACAAGCACAAGUACACCUCGGCCAUCGCCAGCAGCAUCCGCCUACAGGUGUUUGAGUUCUUGUUGCUGAUGCGAGCUGAUACACUUCAUCGUCUAGGUGUCCCUAAUAAAGAUGGCGUGCUACGCUUCAGCCCCUACUGUCACUGUGAUCAGGGUGAGCCUGAGAAGAGGGUGAAUGAGAAGAAGCCUGCUGGCUCCGUGUCGCCCCCUGCUGGUAGCCCUGUCCCUGCUGGCCCUCCGGCCUCCAUCCGCACCGCCUACCUGCCCUACAGCCUGGCCUUCAGCGUCAUUGUGCAGUGCCUCAAGAUGGAGGCUGACUGGAAGGUGCUGAAGCUGGUGCUGGAUAAGUUGCCGUGGACGCUGCAGUACAAGGUGCUCCUGCUCACCUCCCCCUGCAGCAUCGACCAGCUCUGCUCCAUCCUCUGCUCCAUGGUGACGGAUCGUAUGAUUUCGGAGCGUCUGAAGAAGACUCCUGAAGGGUUCGCGCGGACCGAUGUUCAGCUGGCAGUGGUGCCUGUACUGACCGCCCUGACCUCCUACCACAACUACCUAGAGCAGACCAGACAGAGGGAGCUGGUGCAGUGUCUGGAGACAGGGCUGAUCUGCCGCUGUGCCAAGCAGUGUGUGGUGGCGCUCACCAUGUGCACGGUGGAGAUGCCCGAGAUCAUGAUCAAGCUGCUGCCCGCCCUCAUCGUCAAGCUCACCCACAUCUCUGCCACCGUCGCCAUGGCGUCGCCCAUGCUGGAGUUCCUGUCCACUCUGGUGCGGCUGCCUCACCUGUAUGCCAACUUCGUGGCGGAGCAGUACGUCAGCGUGUUUGCCAUCUCCCUGCCCUACACCAACCCCUUCAAGUUCAAUCAGUACAUCGUCUCUCUGGCCCAUCACGUGAUUGCCAUGUGGUUCAUCCGCUGUCGGCUGCCCUUCAGGAAAGACUUUGUGCAGUACAUCACCAAGGGGUUGCGUUCUAAUGCGCUGCUGCCCUUUGAUGACACUCUCGAGCAAAGCAGCUUUCGAGCUCGCAGCACCAGCUUGAAUGAAAGGCCCAAGAGUCUGCGCGCGGCUAAAGUGGCGAAGCAGGGGCCGAGUAGCAGCUCGCCCAUUAAAGAGCUGAAAGAUCUGUCUGCCAUGGACGCCUUCCGCUCCCGAAGCAUCAGCGUCUCCGAGCACGCGGUGCGCAGGAUGCAGACGUCCAGCACCACCUGCAGCCUGGGCUCGGCCGACGAGAACGCCGUGCUGCAAGCGGACGACACGCUCAAGACCGUCCACCUGGAGCUGACCGAGACCUGCCUGGACAUGAUGGCCCGCUACGUCUUCUCCAACUUCUCUGCUCUGCCAAAGAGGUCUCCCAUAGCGGACUUCCUGCUGUCUGGGGGCCAGAGUAUGACCUGGCUGGUGGGGAACAAGCUGGUCACCAUCACCACCAGUGGAGGCGCCCGCACCCAAGCCCUCCUGGGACUGGACAUGGCUCAACGGCCCGGAGGAGGAGGGGAGAUGACCAGGUCAGACCCGUCGCUCCACACCAGACAGACCAAAGAGGCUCCAGCCAAGCUCGAGUCCCAGUCCACCCAGCAGCUCAACAACAGAAACACACGCAUACGCGUGCGCUCCAUGUCAGGGGGCCAUGCGUUGCGUAUGGGUCCGGCCCAGAGCCUGAGUCCACUGAUGUCCCCCUCCGAUGGCGAGCUCGGCGGGCCACUGCCCCCUCCUGGGCCGCCGCUGGACGGCCUGGGCUCCCUGCGCGGCGCUGAUGACCAGAGCGCCUCGUCCAGACCCCCGCCGCUCAAGGAGAAGGCCAGCCUGGCCGAGUUCGUCCCCAUGCUCACGCAGGGCUGGGCCGAGAUCUUCAUCCGCAGACCCUCAGGUAACACCAGCUGGUUGAUGUGCCUGGAGAACCCUCCCAGCCCGUUCUCGUCGGAGCUGGGCAACAUGCCGCUGCAGGAGCUGUCCAGCGUGCUGAUGGCCAUGGAGGGCAUCAAGGAGCCGCCCGCCCCCACCAGCACCAGCGUGGACGCCGCCACCGACGCCGCCACGCCGCCCGCCCUCAGCAAGCCCUCGCUCAUCCAGCGCUCCAACACCGACUCGGUGGUGGUGUUGGAGGAGGGUGUGGGCGUGAGGGGUGGAGACUCUCCUGAGCUGGAGGAGUUUGAGGCCAUGCCCUCAGAGCCCAUCUUCAUGAGCGCCGACAAGUUCAGCAAGAGCACCCCCGUCCCGCUCAGCAGGUCAUCGUCCAGCUCCAGUCAGGACGAUGAGAAGUCCACCCUGGAGGAGGUGAGUGAGGGGGCCAUCCCCAUUGACCAGCCCCCCCUGGCCCUCUCCCCGACGGGGCCGCAGGACGCCGACCUGCCCUUCGCCCACUCCCAGACGCUCAACAAGUCCAGCUCCUCGCCGGAGCUCCAGACCUUACCCGAGGCCUUCGCCAAGGCGGCCGCCGAGUCGGGCACAGGGGUGGGCGACGUGCCCGGGGUGCGCCCCUCUGUGGAGGGCAAGGCCGCGGGGGAACGGGACGCCAGCGCUAGUGAGGCGGGUGGGCAGGGUGACUCCGCAACAACGACAACAUCGACGGCAACAACAGCGUCUCUGGCAGGAGGAGUAGUGGGAGCAGGAGCAGGAGCAGGAGCAGGAGCAGGAGCAGGAGCAGGAGCAGGAGCAGGAGCAGGAGCAGGAGGAGGAGGAGGAGGAGGAGGAGGAGCAGGAGCAGGAGCAGGAGGAGCAGGAGGUGGGGUGAGUGGAGGUGCCAGCGUGUCCUCGUCCUCCUCGGCUCCUCGCAUGCGUCUGGAGUGUCCUGCGCAGCCACAGCCGGGCCCUGUCUCCCCCAGCGGUCACCGCCCCCGCGGCCACACCAUCUCCGUGUCCGCCCCCUCGUCCCGCCGCGACAGGAAGAUGGACAGAGACUCGUACCACAACAGGCCCGGACCCUCCAACUCUGAGAAGGCCAGCGGACUCAGCCCCAGUUUUGUCUUCUUACAGCUUUACCAUUCCCCGUUUUUUGGCAACGAGGCCAAUAAGCCUCUCCUGUUACCUAAAUCUCAGUUGAUUGACAGAGCCGUGAAGGUGCUGGACCAGAUGCCCCCGUACGACACCCAUAAGAUUGGGGUGGUGUUUGUGGGAGCGGCACAGGUGAAUAACGAGGUGGCCAUCCUGUCCAACGAGUACGGCUCCAACCGCUACGCCCAGUUCCUGACCGGCCUGGGGAAGCUCAUCCACCUCAAGGACUGCGACCCCGACCAGAUCUUCCUGGGAGGCCUGGACCAGUACGGGGACGACGGGGAGUUCACCUACUGCUGGCACGACGACAUUAUGCAGGCCAUCUUCCACAUCGCCACGCUCAUGCCCAACAGGGAAUCGGAUAAAGGCUGCUGCAACAAGAAGAGACACAUCGGGAAUGACUUUGUGGUCGUGGUCUACAAUGAUUCCACUGAGGAGUACAAGCUGGGCACCAUCAAGGGUCAGUUUAACUUUGUGGAGGUUGUCAUCAAGCCCCUAGACUACGACAGUAACCUGGUCACACUGCAGUGUCGCAAAGAUCUGGAGGGCCUGGUGGACACUAGCGUGGCCAAAAUCGUAUCCGACCGGAAUCUUCCGCUGCUGGUUCGGCAGAUGGCCUUACAUGCCAACAUGGCGUCUCUAGUUCACCAGUACCGAGCCAACCCCUCCGACGCCUACGCCUCCAAGUGGCUGGCCAGACUGAGACACAUCAAACGCAUCCGCACUCGGGCUCAGGAGGAGAUCCAGUCGCGGCCCACGCCGGGCAUCUCCCUCACCCAGAGCCACGGCUCCAUGCAGAGCAAGGCGGCCCACCAGCAGAGCGGCGGCGGCGGCUCCAACCCCGACUCAGGGCAGCGCAAGAGACUGGUGUCCACCGUGGACGACUUCACAGACUUUGUUUGAAGUCACCCACCCCCCCCCCCCCUCCUCCCCCUUCCUAAAACAUCUCAGUUUUUUUUUUUUCAAAUUCAGACAGAAAUUCUAACCUUGCUUAUUUUGCAGCAGCAUAUAUCAUGCACACAGGCGCUCAUGCAUGCACACAUACAGUAACUGCCACGCCUACUUCCUACUGCCUCUGAGCUGCUGCCCGCUACAGCAGUGGAGUUGCUGAUCUUUCUGCCUUCUUUCAGACGUUACAGUUGCUUUUCACACAAUCUCCAUAGUAGUCCUCUCCCACACACACUCACACACUCUCUCACACACACACACACACACACACACACACACACACACACACACACACACACACACACACACACACACACACACACACACACACACAACUCCUCUCAGCUAUGCUGUGCAGUCUCUGCUGUAAAUGAAUUGGCUGCUGCAGUGCUAAGCUAAUGACGGGCACUUUGGCACGCCGUGUGUGUGUGUGCUAAAGGGAGAGGUUCUGAAUUAUGGCUCAUUUGCACAGAGAACUAGUCUGCAACACGUGCAACAAGACCUCAGUGGCACCAAGACUCACUGAGACACAGACAGAUCUAUUUGCCAAUCCUACAACUACCCCACCCACCCCCCACCUGCCUUUUAAAGAAAACCUAUAAUCCCCGCCAUGCAGUGUAGAGAGGGAUGGUGUGUGUGUGUGUGUGUGUUUUACAGUAUGUGACCGUCUGUGUGCAAGUGUUUGUUGUGUUCCUUUAUUAACAAGCGAGAGAGAACCGAGAUGGCCUUAGGAGAGCGAUGAGUACAACACUAAACUGUGAGUGUGAGCUGUGUGGCUGUGUUUGCAUUUGUUCAAAUAAAAUAUUGGAUUAUCAAACAAAGAAAUGUCUGUCUACUUG